CAGAGCUCAGUGGCCUGUUGCUACGUAUCAGGUCUGUGUGAACGCUGCUGCUGACGACUGCUGGGAAGAUGGACGUAUAUCUGGACUUAGUGAAAUUAUUACCAAGAUACAAAAACAUAAUCAUACUCUUGCUGUCAGCAGGAAGGAGAAGGGGGGAGGUGACGGAGGGCAACAGAGAGAAAAGGAACACCAGUGUGAGAGAGAGAGCUCAUUCACUUCAAACCCAGCUGACAAAACGUCCUGCAGAGUGCACCCCAGGCUGGACAAAGCGCUCCCACCCUUUUCUCCACAUGACAAUGGCCUCUACCACUGCUGUUAAAGACACAGGUUUCACAGGCGCCCUGCUCCUCCUCCUGUUAGGACUGCUCCUGCCUGCAGUAUUAGUGUCAGGGCAAAAUAACACAACUGCAGCCGUGACAAUGAUCAACACAGCCUCACAGCCAACCACCAUGACGUCUGGAGCAGACAGCAGCACCACCCAGGCCCCCACAGCAAAUGCUGCAACCCAAUCCAUGACCGUCACCACAGGACCCUCCACCUCCCAGGCCCUAAACACCACCUCUGGGGCCACAACAAUGACCACACAGUCCACAAGGCCCGACAUCAGCAGCACCAUCCAGUCUACCACCUUAGGAGCUUCUGCCACAUCUGGAGGCAUGGCAACCUCCGGGGGCACCGGACUUAACUCCACCACCCACUCAUCCUCCACCAACACCACCUCUGGCGGCUCAGCAUCUAACACCACCACCCAGACUCUCACUACUACAGCCGCCUCUGGAGGCAUUGCAUCCAACACCACUCAGUCCUCCACAGCUUCUGCCACAUCUGGAGGCAUGGCAAUGACCCACAACCAGUCAACCACCAACACUCUCCCCUCUGGAAGUUUUGCAAUCACCAGCACUCAGUCCUCCACAACAUCUAACACAUCUGGAGCAGCCGUGACCCAACCCAACAUCACCACGAUGGCCUCAGGUGGCAUGACUGGUACCAAUGGAACCACUGUCUCUAUGUCCUGUCCCUCAUUCAGCUGUAACUACUCGGAGUGCUACAGUAUGUACAGCAGUCAGAAUGCCACAUCAUGUCCUGCUGAUUCCUUUUGUCAGCUGAUGAGGCAGAUGAACAUGUUCUACACCGUCAGCUGCAGUGCCUCGUGUGCUGACAGCUGCGUCAACGCCUCCCAGAUCAACUGCACUGAGAACUGCUGCAACUCUACUGGCUGCCUCAACAGCAGUUUUGCUUCCAUGAUGAUGAUGAACAUGACCACAGCAACUGGAACCACAACAACAAUGAAAUCCAGUACAACUACUACCACCACUGCAGUAAACAAUGGAAACAAGUGUCAUCGAGGUAUGUGUACUGGCUCAAAUUGCUACACAGGUUUUAAAACCGCAGCCCUCCAAACCUGCUCGUCCUCACAGCCACACUGUCAGCUGAAAAAGGAGACAGUGGACUCCUCGCUUCAGUGGACGGCAGGUUGCAUUUCCAACUGUUCUGACAAAACCAUAUGCAAGGACUCCACACCACCCCCGUGUCAUCUGGAAUGCUGCAACGCCACCAGCACCUCUUCCUGCCUGUGGCUGAACGGUACGCUGAAUGUCCCCUCGUUCGCCACAAGAGGCCCUCUUCACACAGAACUUAUAACCUGCUUGCUCUGCCUGCUCGCCAUCACCCUGAUGCUGUGAGGGACCAAGAGCAGGCUCAGUUAUUAUGUAGGUCAUGUUAGAUAUCCAGAGCUUUGUAUAACUCACUUCCAAAAUUAAAGCAGGUUACGGUUUACUUCAUAUAUCUCAGUGAUAUUCAUAUGUGAUUGUGCUGUAUAUAUAAAUAUGGGAUAAUAUAAAUGUAAAGUGAUAAUGUUGAUUUUAUUUCUUUUUAUUGAAGAUUCUCGAUCACAUUUUUAUUUCAGUUUCAAGACCAGUAACAAAUGUCUUUUGUUUUUCUAAUUGAAAGCACACAUCACUAACUUCAGGAAAAUCUUGUCUUUAUAAUAAACUAAAUAACACAUUAAAAAACGUUUUUAUUGGAGUGAAGUUUAAAUUAAAGCUCAACGCUUUGUUUUAGCCAUGACCUUGCCCACGACUUAUUAAAUUUCCACUCUCACCUGAUUUUUAGACACAUUUUAAAUUUUGGAUGGGUGAGUGAGCCUAAACACUAGAUUUUAGUGGUCGUGAGCAUUUUGUACCAUGUUUUUAAUAAAACAUUUCCCCCUUAGAUGAAUAACUUUUGAAGCCAUUGCAAGAGUAACGCAGCUAAAAGUCUAUAUGCACUUUAUGAGAUUCAAACUCUGAGCUGUCACAGGAUGUUGUGAAGGUUUGCUGAAGAACUACUGUCAAUGUAAUCACAAUGAAAUGUGCAAUUCAGGACUUUUUAGCUACUUUUUGUCAAAAUAUUUUUUUUGAUGUGAUUUGGAUGUGUACGUGGUGUACAAAGUAUAUUUUUUGGUAUAAUGGUGUCAUCUAAAUGUUACAUGAAAUCAGACUGGUGUCAGGUUGUUCUAGUUUUGUGUUUCUGUAAAAUAUGAUGAUAGUGCCUGAAGAAAUAUAUCUAAUAAACUUUAUG